AUAGGUACGAGUGGCAAUACUAUCGAAUUUCAAAACAUCUCAAAUGAGAUUCGCAGUUCAGUAAUUUUCAAAAUUCCACUUUAGACCCACACAACCCAGCAAUAACCAACAACCAAACACACAGCCAAACACACACAUGCAAGCAGCACAGGCACAUACGGCAAUACGCGUGUCCUUCUGUGUUCGCUGUGUACUUGCUUGUGGCAGCCACCAACGCUGUGGUUUCAUUUGGCCAACCGCAAAAUUCUUUUUAAACCGAAUAAGAAAAGGAGAAAACUAACUUGAGCCAGGAAAAGCCGAGCAGGUCGGAAGAGGCCAGCGGCAGGAAAUUGUUAACCUUUGGGGAUAUCAAACAUUUACGAUUGCGUGGCAGAAGCCCAGGCACGGGCAGAGGCAGCAACAGAAACACAGCCACAAAAAGAGUAAGAAUCCCAUAGCCCAGACCACCGCAGCGCAUCGCCCACUGGGAAAAGCAGCCACAAGUGCCCAAGACGAACCGGGGGGGCUUUCCCUGCGCUGAUUCUUGUGUACGCAAAACUUUCCUGCUUUUCAAUUUUGUUUUUUCAUCCGGAGUACUUUUGAGGAGCUUAAAUUUCUGUUUGUUUGCGGUACUGAAACAAUCGAAGUCCUGAGGCGGCGGCACCAUUAAGUUUCCGGCCUUCAGCAUAAUGAACAAGAAGAAGAGCAGCCGUAAGGCAAUUCGGGGCUCCGAUUGCGGGACCCCAUCGGACCCAACCGGCACAUCAAACAGUGCCAAUGCGACCUGUGUUAGCAGCAACAAUGCGGGGAAUCGGAAUCUGGCUGGAACAGAGGAGGUGGACCAGGCUACCAGCGACGGCGUGCCAUUCAUUUUUGUGGAUGCAAUGCCUUUGACACACUGUCCCCUGUCUGAUCCAGAAUUGGCCCAAAUAGAGGCCAAGCGAAUGGCCCAGGUGUUGGCGGAGUGUGACCAAUUGCUGGAACGCUUGGAGGACACAAAGCCACCGCCUGAGCUGGACUUGCCAAGCACAAUGACCGCGGUCAAUGAGAAUGUCGACGAUGAGACCAGGUUUCUUGAGGAGCUGCAGCAACUCUGCAUAUUUCCGAUGAAGGAGAAGGAACAACAUGGAGAAGAAAUGCGCAACUUUCGUUCUCAAACGUCAGAACGUCCUGGCAUCAGCCGGCAGGCCACCUUCGCCAUUGACAGAACUUUCACGUCACUAAACGAACGGCGAAUCGGCGGCGAGACACCGCUCUCCUCCCCAGAGUCAAUGGGGAUCAUCAAUCAGAUUGGUGAUCUGCUCGUGCGGCUGAAGCAACUGCAGGACCAGCCGUUGGAGGAGGGAACUGGCUGCUUCUUCCUUGUGAGCAUUAAGCCAGAUGCUGAGACAUCCAAUUGCUUUGUGCAGCAAAUCGGAGUGCCUGCGUCACUCAUGGCAGCAGGAACAGAGUCUGCUAGUUCGGAAAUCCCCAUACAGACUGAUACAGUUACAAAAUCCAUUCCUCCUCCAAAGACCAGUAAGUCUCGCAGCAAAUCAAGAUUUGGCUAUGUCGGGAAGGACUAACAUUAAAUAAUCUCUCUAUAAGUUCCAUGGGG